UUUUUAGUACAUUAUAUCUAUUUGUGCUAUAAUUUUCGUGCGAUUGGUAUAGUAUAUGGAAAUAAUACGUUAAACAGUUUUAAUAUGAAAGUCCAAAAUGUAAAAUAUUGCUUACAUCAUAACAUCAUUUGAAGUGUAAGAAGUUAGAUGCUUUAAACAAUACUUUAAUAUAAUAUUUAUAAAAUUUUCUGUUGUUGAGGUUAUUAUUGCGAAUAUUGAUCCCAUGGUAUAAUAACACGUUUUAUAAAAUUAAUUGGUUAAAAUCAUAUAUUUAUAUUUAUCAGUAUAAUUUAAAAAGUGAUAUUUAAAUAUAGAAACGAUGGAUACUACAAAUAUUGUUAAAAAAGAUGAGUCAUUAAUUAGUGACACAAAUGGUUAUAAACAAGAAGAUCCUGAAGAUAUACAAAUCCCUGUACCUUGGGGCUUUAUAAGCGGCAAAUGGUGGGGCCCUCGAUGGGUUCAACCAAUAGUGGCUCUACAUGGUCGUCAAGAUAAUGCAGGCAGUUUUGAUACUUUGAUCCCAUUACUUCUUGAUGGUAUUUCAGUACUUUGCUUGGAUAUGCCUGGGCAUGGUUUAUCUUCUCAUUAUCCAAAAAGUCAAUACUAUUAUGUUUAUUGGGAUGGUGUCAUAAUUCUACGUAGAAUUGUAAAAUAUUUCAAGUGGACUAAGGUAAAAUUGCUGGGACAUUCAUUGGGUGGAGCAAUAUCAUUUUUGUAUGCUGCAUCUUAUCCCAAAGAAGUAGAUAUCUUGAUUAGUUUAGAUAUAGUUAGCCCUAGUGUAAGGGAUAUAACUAAGACUGCAGAAAUAACAGGAGAUAAUAUUGAUAAAUUCUUAAAAUAUGAAAAUCUUACAUUAGAUAAUAUUCCAUGUUAUGAAUAUUCUGAGAUGAUGGAUAUAGUUGUAGCUGCUUAUAAUGGUUCUAUAGAUGAAAAGGGGGCUGAAAUAUUAAUGAAACGUGGUAUACAACCUUCGUAUAUUCCUAAGAAAUUUUAUUUUUCUCGUGACCCAAGAUUGAAGGUUUCUACACUAGGUAUGCUAUCCUUAGAUUUGGUACUUGCAUAUGCAUCAAAAAUAACAUGUGCGUACCUUAACAUUCGGGCCGUUCCUGGUAUGAAGUUCGAGCAACCUGAAAAUUAUCAGAAGGUCCUAGACGAAAUAAAAAUAAGUGCUAAAAAAUAUGAAUAUCAUGAAGUUGAUGGUACUCAUCAUGUCCAUUUGAUUAAUCCUGAAAAAAUUGCACCAAUAAUAAAUAGUUUUAUAAGUAAUUAAAGGUAAUAUAUCUAGGUAUUAUGAAUAUAUAGCAAAUUUAUUUGAUAAAUAUAAUUUUAAUAACCAUUCAAACAUGCAGAUAUUUGAUUUAAUGAAUUUAAAUUAUUCUUAUAAAUUCAAAAUAAUUACUAUUACAAAAUUUAAAAAGUAUUUAGGUAACAUUUUACUUAAAAUUAUAGAUAAGAUAAAAUGAAAAUUAUAAAAAGUAAUUAGAACUAUUUUAUUUAUUUAAAUAUAAUACUGGUUUGUAAGGUAUUUUAUUUAAUAUUGUAAUAGUAAUAUUUAAAACUAAACGAAUAUACAAAUCAUAAUAUUUUGACGAAAUAUUCGUAUUAAAGAAAACUGUAAUUGUAUUCUGAAGAUAUUUCUUAGAAAGCAGAAAAUAAUGUGAUCAUACGAUAUUUAUGAAAAUAAAAUGACAUGGUAACAAUUUUAAA